AUGCAGGGAGAAUAUCCAAAGGUGAUGUGGAGAAGAUUGGUAUGCAACAAUCAAGGGCAACCAAAGUGGACAUUUAUAUUGAGGCUAGUCAUCCAACAAAGACUAGCGACCAAAGAUAGAUUGGUGAAAUGGGGCAUUAAUGUUGAUCCUAGCUGCCCCUUGUGUAACAAGCAGAAUGAAACAGUGAACCACUUGUUCUUUGAAUGCGAGGAAACAGGCAAAAUAUUGUGUGGAUUACUGCAAUGGCAAGGCAUUCAGAUAAUGUCGCAAAACUGGCAGACUGUGAUCGCGUGGAUGGUGCAGAAGGCUAAGGGAAGAAGUGCAAGGGCUGAGAUAUGUCGAAUGGUGCUGGCAGCAGCAGUCUACUAUUGCUGGCAAGAGAGGAACUGGGCAGUGUUUCAGAAGAAAAGAAGAACUCCUAAAGCAAUACUGAGGCUGAUUAUCCAGGAAAUACAUGUAAGAGCAACAAGGUUUCCAAAGUUGGCUAGAGUGAUGAGCACAUUAAAUUGGUAUCCAGAAAUUUAG